CACGUCUUCAAAAGUCUUGCAUCUUCCAUGGAGUCAAGGAACUUUGAUUUAUCGACUGAAAAGAGGAAAAAUAUAUUGGAAACCUGGCGGACAAGGAACGACACGGGGCUAAAAUUACUGUUGGGAAUAGGAACUUGCACUGUUAUUGUAUGGCAAAUCUACCCUUUUAUGGACGACCUGGAGUACAAUUUAAUGGUGUCUGUUCGAUUACCAUAUGAUUAUAGAACACCGGUUCUAUACACGAUCACCUAUAUCUCUACAUUGACAGUUUUUUCCUUAAUAUGUUAUUUUGUCAUGACAAAUGAUCUCAUCGUACAAGCUCACUUAAUGCAUUUACUCUGUCAAUUUUCCAUACUGAACGACUGUUUCAAGAACAUAUUAAACGAUUGUCAAAGUAAUUUUAAAGAUAUUGAUACGAACAAUUUAAAUUUGAAUAAGGAAUUUACUCGAGUCUACAAGAGCAGAUUAGGUAAUUUGGUGGAUCAACAUAUGCUCAUAUUACUGAAUACUUUGAAACUUCGCGAUUUAAUGAGUAUACCCAUGUUGAUUCAGCUGGCGACUAGUACAACACUAAUUUGUUCCAUAAGCUUUCAAGUCACGACGUCGGUGGAUGCCAAUAUGACGAAAGGACUUAUGAGCCUGUUUUAUCUCGGAUACAAUAUGUUCCUCCUUUAUAUAAUAUGUAGAUGGUGCGAAGAGAUAAAGAUUCAGAGUCAAAGUAUAAGUGAAGCAGUUUAUUGUUCGGGAUGGGAGAACGGUAUCGUAAUGGCGCCGGGGGUGCGAACCUCUAUUUUACUAAUACUGGCUCGCGCUCACAAACCCACUGGUCUUUCCGCUGGAGGCAUGUACGAUCUCUCUUUGGAAGCGUAUGCAAAUAUAGUGAAAACAUCAUACAGCGCUCUAACAGUUCUUCUCCAAUUUCGUUAA